GGCGCGUCCCGCGGGCCGUUCCCUGGAGCAAGGCUUUGGGAUUUCUGGCGGGGGGGUUCUGGGGCCGGGAGUAGUUUGGUCAAAGCCGGGUGGAGGAGACUUCAGCAAAGCGACGGAGCAGCUGCGGCUUCGAAGGAAGCGCUGGUCUUUGGCAGGGAGAAUGGCUGGGCUAUUUUUAGUCAAUUAAAUUGACAGUUUAGCAUUGCACUGAUGCUCUGCAAGAGAAACUUUUCUAGCAGAGGCAGCAGGGACUAAGUCUGUGAUGUUGUUGGGGAGCCUAGCUGCCGUGGGGGUGGUAUCUCGCAGUCCAGGGCUGGCAAAAUCUGGCCCACUAGAUCCAAAUCACAAACCCUGCUUUGCUUUCCUGUCCUUGUGCCAAGGAGCUUUACCACAUCCUGGGCUUGCGUGGCCCCGGCCGGUGGGAAUGAGCUCGGUCAGGACCAAAUCCAGGCGGGACCGUGGGAGCCCAGGACCGUGCAAUGCUCACGGGUGGGUAUUUAAACGGACUAAUGCAGCUUUCUGAAAUCUGUUGUUAUUUCUUGUUGUGGGACCGCGAUGGGGGCUCGUGUCACGGAGCUCUGUGGGGCAUGGCAGUGAGUGACGAACGGCCCCACCUCUGCGGGGACGUCGCCUUGUGGAGGCUGCGGGGAUUUAUGGCUCCUCUCUCACCUGACAGAUGCGGUCCUGGGUGCACGUUGGUGUUUCUGGGGAAGGGCCCCAGAGUGAGCGUGUUGGGGUUUUGCUGAUGCACACAUGCGAAAAAGCAAGUUUUGCAGAUGUGGAAGAUGUCACUGUGGGAGCUGGCACAGCCUAUUUUAUGAUGCCAGCAUCUGCAAACUGCUCUGUCCCUUGCACCCUCCCAGGAUGUAUAAACAAAACCAGAAGGCAGUAAUUCCACCUGUUUCUGCCUUUUUAGCCACUUUAGCAAUCCCUAGUCAUGUUUCCACGUGCUCUCAAGAGAUAUUCCAAAUACAGGUAUGGGGGACGUACUUCAAACCAUAAAUCAAGAUAUUUAUACAUUCUGUUCAUUUACAAACAUGCUUUCAUUACUGAAAAAUAUAUUAUUCACUCCCUGCCUCAUUUUAUUCUCACAAAUAAAUGCAGCUGAGUCUUAUCUUUCUACAGGGUACUUAUCACAGACCCACGUUAUUAAACAUUAUACUCUUACCAUCAUGGAUGUACCGGGCUAACUUUUUCCUUUUAUUUUCUUUUAGCUCAAUAAUCACAAAUUCUUAAUUCAAUUCUUAAGUACACCUGUCAGGGAUAAAUAUGUAUGUACUUGGAAAAUCCAGCUGUGUUGGCUUAGCUGAAAAAUAAUCCUGGGAAAUAGAUGAGGGAGGAUGACUGCUUGGUGUUGGUUUUUUUCCCCCACCCUUCGUGGGGAAAAUAUUUCUUCUAUGACGUUAGAGAUUCAGGUCUCAUCUGCUUAUUCUGAGAUCAUCAGGAGGAAAAAAAAAAAAAAACACAUUGGAGGAGAGGGCAGGGGGUAUAUAGGGUGCAGGACUGCAGUCGGUGCGGGCAGACGGCACCAUGCGACGGCUCCUGCAGACCCUCUGCUUGCUCCUGCUGCUGCCCUUGCUCCGUGGCGCUGUCAUCACGGGGGCCUGCGAGCGGGACCUGCAGUGCGGCAGCGGGACGUGCUGCGCUGUCAGCCUCUGGCUCCGGGGUCUGCGGAUGUGCACCCCCCUGGGGCAGCAGGGGGACGAGUGCCACCCCUUCAGCCACAAGGUCCCAUUCUUGGGGAAGCGCCAGCACCACACCUGCCCCUGUUUGCCCAACUUCAUCUGCUCCAGGUUCCUCGAUGGCCGCUACCGCUGCUCGCUUGACUUCAAGAACAUUGACUUUUAGGUGAUGGAGCUGUGAGUUUCAUCCUGGCUGCCAACCCUCAGUGCCCAUUUUUUGCUCCCUCCUGUGGCUUAAUGCACUGUCCCACAAGGCAACCCUAAAAAUGCUUUUCCAAGGUAGAAAACAUUGUUAUAAGCUAUGUAUCUGGAGAAACUGAGGCACAGUUGGGCCAAGCUGCUCUGGCUCAUUGGUUAGCAAAGCUCUGCCCCAGAGCAGAGCCCUGUUCUGCAGAGGAGCAGACAGAGGACAGGACACAUCUCUGGCCUCAAAAAAACAUUUCACAGGAUAUUGUCUGGCUGUAAUGGAUGCUGUCCGCUACAUUUCACCUCCAUCCUUUAUUUUAUCAAAAUAAAGGGUGAUGAAAUUUGGGAAGAGUGAGAACACAAAACUCCCACCUCUGCAGCCAAGUGCUUCCUCCCAUGGGGUUUGCCCCAGUGCACAAUAAAACCUGGGAGGUGAAGCUGGUCGGCACCGUUUCACCUGCCAAAGAGUCUGCAAAGCGAGGCCAGCAGGAGGAGGUGGCGGUGGCAACCUGAGCUCCUCUCUGGGAGGCUGAAGAGCGUUGGCUGCAGGGCUCAAGGCAUCUUCCUGCACAGCCCCUUCCUGUUGCCUCCAAAAUGAACAGUGAUCUGUGGCUGCUUUCACUAGAAACUCAUUUCAGGGAAGGGGAGAUUUUUGGCAGUGCCAAGCCAUCCCAUUUUCACAUUUUGCAGGCAAAAGAGGGGAAUGGAAAGCUUAUUUCUGCACUUUUCAACUGUGCAGGAAAAGACAAAAGGAAAAAACAAAAGGAAAGUCAGAGGAGGGGAAAUUUCCCUUUGUGAGAAUUUGAGCUUUUUGAUUGACAACCAAACUUCAGCUUCUUCCCAAGCCAACACAAACCCAAUGCCUCUGCAGUGCCCCUGUAGCCUCCCAGCUGCGCUGGCUCCCUGUGCAGUUCCUCCUGCACAAAUCUGCUUUGUGAUCGAUGCAACGACAAUUCCUGUUGUGAUUGUGUCUUAUCCACAUAUUUCCUCCUGGAAGCAGCUCUGAAAGCUGGUGAUGAAUGAGCUAAUGCCUGCAAUUAAAAGUCCAUCGAUUGUCUUGUGUAAUUAAGGGUUGGGUUUUCCCCAACAUUCAAGCUUUGGUGCAAAGCAUCUUGCAAUGCAACUUCUUUAGCAGGGGGUGAAGCAGAGCUGGCUGGAGCUGCCUGAUGCGGGCCUCUGGGACAUGAGGAGAAGUUUUCCAGGCUCAGCAGCUGCCUGAGGUUCAGGCACUAUGCUGGCCUCUUUUUAUGCUGGUCAAAUUUGAGAGGAAAAUGGGACAUUAAAUUUAAUUAAAUGUUUUUUGUUAACUUAGGUCCUAAAGGUUAUCUCAGACACAUGCUUUCAGUUCCCCUCCUAAAAAACACAUUGUGGGAAAAGCCUGCCUCAUUUGACCAUCCCUUUGACUUCCCAAAGUAACCUCCAGCAGCUUGAG